GGGAAGCAGGAAGUGACUUCGGGAGCGGAGCCGGCGCGCGAGCGGCAGCGGGGGCUGAUGGAAGUGGAGUGGGGGCUUGAGAGGGCACCGUACCGUAUUCAGCAUGCUCCAAGGCUACAGCACCGUGUUCCAGGCCUUGCUGGGGACCUUCUUCACCUGGGGGAUGACGGCAGCUGGGGCGGCUCUUGUGUUCGUAUUCUCUAGUGGACAGAGGCGGAUCCUAGAUGGAAGUCUUGGUUUUGCUGCGGGGGUCAUGUUAGCAGCCUCCUACUGGUCCCUCCUGGCCCCAGCAGUUGAAAUGGCCACAUCCUCUGGAGGCUUUGGUGCCUUUGCCUUCUUUCCUGUGGCUGUUGGCUUCACCCUCGGAGCUGCAUUUGUCUACUUGGCCGACCUCGUGAUGCCUCAGCUGGGUGCAGCAGAAGACCCCCAGACGGCCCUGGCACUGCACUUGGACCCUGCGUUGAUGAAGAAGUCUGAUGCCGAGGGUCCCAGGCUGCUCUUCCCUGAGAGCGAACUUUCCAUCCGGAUAGGUAGAGCUGGGCUUCUUUCAGACAAGAGCGAGAAUGGCGAGGCGUACCAGAGGAGGAAGGCGGUGGCCGCCGACCUUCCGGAGGGCCCUGCUGACCCCAUGCCUUCUCCAGGGAGCCUGGCCCCCCCCAGCGGCAGCAGCUGGAGGAGAAUCGCACUGCUCAUCUUGGCCAUCACCAUACACAACAUCCCAGAGGGUCUUGCUGUCGGAGUUGGAUUUGGAGCUGUAGAAAAGACGGCGUCCGCCACCUUUGAGAGCGCCAGGAAUUUAGCCAUUGGAAUUGGGAUCCAGAAUUUCCCAGAGGGCCUCGCUGUCAGCCUCCCCUUGCGAGGGGCUGGCUUCUCCAACUGGAGAGCCUUCUGGUACGGGCAGCUGAGCGGCAUGGUGGAGCCUCUGGCCGGGCUCUUUGGGGCCUUCGCCGUGGUUCUGGCUGAGCCCGUCCUGCCCUACGCCCUGGCCUUUGCUGCUGGCGCCAUGGUCUAUGUGGUCAUGGACGACAUCAUCCCCGAAGCUCAGAUCAGCGGGAAUGGGAAGCUGGCAUCCUGGGCCUCCAUCCUGGGGUUUGUGGUGAUGAUGUCAUUGGAUGUUGGCCUGGGCUAGUGUUGGAGCGCUUCGGACCCCAGGAAAGGCCACACGAGGACACAGCAAGGCUUGGCUGCCCCGGGACCACGGACUUCUCUUCACAUUGGCGUUUUACUUUUUCUCCUGUUCAUCUCAUUAUCCUGAUUGACUCUGAUUACAUGACAAUUUUUACUUUUCUUUUGAGGGAGAUACCAGUUUUAUUUUUGGACUUCCAAGGUGUCAGUUGGACUACAGAUUUUUGGCCACUGAAUGGAAUCUUGCUUCAGUGGGGUUACAAUCCAGGGAAACCCCUGCUUUGGGGCCGUCAGUCUCCCUCACUAGAUGCAAUGGCCACUCCCCAAGUCACCUACAGAAGCAAGCUACCCAGAGAGAAGUCUCCUAAGCAUUUUUGCCCAGUGGCUCAGAGCAGAGUCGCCAGGACAUCUCUCGUGUCUCCCUCCUGAUCUGGAAUUGGAGCAGCGUGGAUGUAGCCACCUACUACUCUCCCAGGUCCAACCAGCCCCAGGGGAAAUACACCUUCCUCUGCCUCCCCGAGGGAGAUGCUGAGUGGGGUGAGGGUGCAGACAGAGGGAAGAAAAUCAGAUAGUCUCUCUUCCCCUCUCUCUCUCAUUUUUUUUUUUUUGCAAAGAUUGACAUUUUGAAAUUACGGGAAUUAGAGAAUUGCAACAACUGUGAACGCACUGUGAGCCCUGAGGAAAGAAGGGUCUGUAGCUUUGAUCUGAGACCUCUGUUCUCUGGGGAUUCCAAGAGCAAAGUGGCUUGUCAUGGUUUCCAAAUCCCUAUGACAUUCUUUUUGAUAAGUUUAUAGGCCUUCAUUUUGCUAAGA